AUGGCCUGCCCUGCUGGCCAGAUGUGGAACUCCGGAUCCGGGGCGGCGGACUGCGUUCCAUGUCCGGCAGGGCACAUGUCGUACCAAGGAGGCUUGUGCCUCCAAACGCUGGCCUUCAUGUUGGAGCACGGCCCGACUCCUUCCUUCUCAGCCCAAGCCGACAACUAUGGCCUUCUCCAGCUGAGUUUCCAGGUCUCGUUUGGUGCUGUUUACGAGAAUAUCUCUAUGGUCUAUUCCGUUGACGUCCAGCCCGACGCAGGCAGCCUGUCUGCAGGAGCUGUUCCAUGCGAUGGUCUCUUCAAGUGGACGGAUCGGCAAGUGGGCACGCAGACUUUCCGGAAUUCGACGAAGACGCUGACGUACACCGAGCUGGAUGGCGCAUGCAAGCUCGGCACUACCUUCGAGGCAAGUGAGGUGGUCCGAAGUGGUGUCGCAGCCGUCUUCCUGUGCCGGGGCACGCUCACUGAGUGCCAGCAGGUGAUUCAGUCCUGGCACUUUCCUUUGACUCUCCGCUUCCCCCGAGCGACCCACGCGUACUACACCGGGCUUCUGGCCACCGAGCCGAAGGUUGUCCAGAACACUUCCGUCUACCUCGGGGCCUUUCCCACCGAGUUCCUGCUCUAUGAGAGCAACUUCUUCACAAAGGCCAAGGACCUGGCGAUCUAUCGGGCUCAUGACCGGGCCUUUGCGGAACUCCGCCUGCAGGGGGGUGGUGAGUUGGACAUGGUGGUGAGCAUGGCGUGGCUGUCGAAGACGACGGAUCCCAAAGGACAGAGCGUGCACAACCUCACGGAUUCCAUCAACCGCUUGAGCAGCGGGAAGGGGCAGGUACGGUUCAGCGUGCAGUUGGAGGCUUGCUACAACUGCUACCUACACGUCCUGGCCUCCAUAACCAACCGCCGGCUCGGAGAGUUACGAGGCCGGAAGCUUGCGGCUGAAGCCCAACACGCAGUGCAGACCAUACCAAUCACCGUGAAGGACGUUGCACAGGAGCCCCAGGAGGAGCAGGAAGGUGGUUCGCCCGUCGUCCCGAUUGUGAUGGGCCUGGUGGCCUUAUUGGUCCUUUGCCCGCUGUUGGCCGUGUGCUUCCGGAAGCAGAAGCGCAGUCCAUCUGAACCCGCUGCACAUGACCUCGUUCCCUCCGCCCCUCCCGCUUGCCCACCACUGCCGAUCGGUGUUCCUCUACAGGCCACCCAGCCCGUUUUCCAAGUGGCGCCGGCGGGGGUCGUGCAGCUCUUGGCAGCAGAGCUGCGAAAGGCGCGAGGCCUUGGAGUCGGCUACGACCAGCGCUUCAAGAAGGUGGAUUACAGCUCUCUGCGAUUGAAAGAAUGCUGGCAAAUCAAUCUACCCACCCGCACCGCAGAGUACGACUUCAGGAAGUACGUGGUCCAGCAAGAAGUCUCCCGAGUUGCAUCAGAGCUUUUCCGUGGGCACAUUCCAUGCGUGACCACUGCCACGGAUGGCCUGCGCAAGUCAUGGAGCUUGGACACUGGCUGCAACGAGCAGCUCCUCUUCCACGGAACCGGCACGGAGCACCUUCUGAGCAUUGCCUACACCGGUGUCAGCGAGCGCCUCUCUGGGGGACUCUUCGGCACGGGAGCCUACUUAGCCGAGGAUGCCGCCAAAGCCGACCAGUAUGCCGUGCCUCUGGAGCCAAGCUCGUCAGAGAAGAUGGCCGCUGACAUCCGCUCGAAGCUCUUCACCGACUGCGGCCUUGGCAUCCCACAGGAGGACGUCUAUUUCAUGCUGGUGUGCAAGGUGGUCUUGGGCUUCCCCCUCUACACACAGGAUGGCGAAACCGCAAUGGCUUCACCGCCAACGGAGACGCGGCUGAUACCCGGGGCCACGAUCUUCGCGAACAGCCGGAAAGGCGAGCUGGUCCAGGUGGAGCACCUGAGCCCCCCAGUGCGCUACCACGCGCUCAUCGCGGAGAAGCACCGCCUGCUGAAGCGAUUCAGGGAGUUUGUGAUCUAUGAUGGCAAGGGCAUCCUGCCAGCCUACAUUGUGGCCUAUGAGCGGAAGUGA